CAGGCGACCCAUUUCCGUCGUCUGUUUUUCCGCAUUGUUUUGUUUGUUUUCCGCCAGGCCGCUGGGGUGUGUUUGUGGCAACGUCCUAAACAGGUGUUUCGGGCCGUCCCAUCUGUGCUUCGCCGAAUAACUUCGGAACCUUGUUGCAAAGUGUCUGUGAUAUGAAACAGUUCCUAUGACGCCUGCUGCUGUAUACAAGCCUGCUCGCCGGAUUUACAGGCCGCGUUCCAGAGAGUCAAGGUUUCGCUGUUUUGUGGUGGUUCGUCCGUGGACUUGAGCGCGGAUGCCAUAUAGGUUGCCCCUCCUUGGCGUUGCCGAGGCUGUACUGAUAAGGAGGAAAAUAAACUGUUGAAGUCCAAGUGAUCAGAGAUAACGCGUGAUGCUUUGUGUCGACGCCGUCCAGGUAGAGCCGUAUCUGUGAGUGGGAAGCAGCGCUGGUUCGGAAUGGGUUGCCGGCGGUCAUGCCUGCGCUGUCUUGCCCGGGUGCCCUUUGCCACCCUGGUGGCCACCGUCAUGUGCUGUGCGGGGGUGGCCAUCUUUCUCGGUGCUGUCCUACGCGCAGUCGACUCCACAAUACGAAUGCUGGAGGUUGUCUUUGAGCGCCGCUCUCCGUACGGACCCUCGGAGCUGCGCGCAGCUGCUCUGGUGGCAGCAGCGCUGAUGGGUCUUCUGGAGCUGUGCCUGCUGUUGGUGGGCUGCCUGACAACAGGGCCUACGCGCGAGCGCCUGGGCAACCGGGCCCGUGUGGGAGGCCGGCUGUCGUGUGCACUGCUGCUGGCCCUGUCGUACCUGGCUCUGCUGGCGUGGCUUGUGCUUGCACUGUUCAUGGCCAUUUCGGCUCUCCUUUGUGCUCUUGCCGGGGCCCUGUGCAACCAGCUCAGGCAGGAACAGCAGUGCCUGGACUUGAGGCAGUUUGAGUUCCUGGUGAGCCAGGAGACCACACCGCUGCGGCAUACGGGCGAGCCACUGCUGCUGCUGUGUGGGGCGCAGCGCAAGGAGUUCUGCAAAGACUGGGUGGAGCCCUCUGGCCUGCUGCUCUGGCUCGGAGCUGCAGCUGCACUGCUGGUGCUGCUGGGGCUGGUGCAACACCUCAUGUGCCUUGCAGCGAAUUACGCGCACCUGCGCGACCAGCAGAAGCUGCUCGACCUGCAGCUGCUUCAAGACCUACAGGACACCGAGAUGACCACGCUGGGAUCCAAGGACCGCUUCUGAGUGCUACUGCUUGCUGUGAUUCGCAUAUUGAUGUCUUCUGUCACAAUGGAGAGCUCCAGGAGAGCUGUUACAUUCCGUCACUCGACAUGGGGGUAGUGGGUAUAUUUUCCAGUCUUGGUGGCCACUUUCCAGUGGAAGGGGAAUCCAACAGAGUCGUGUACCAGGAUUCUGGUGCACUUCGAAGGAGUACUCGCAAACAUAGUUUCGAAGUUGUGGAAACUCUACGACAGACAGGGAGAGAGAAGAGGCAAGACAAUGCAGGCGCUUCUGUUCCCUCCUCUGUCUCUGUCGUAAAUUCGUGCUUUUGGCCUGACAUGUAAUUACAAGCCCAAACUGCUCUCAUGAUAUGCCACAAGAUUUUGGCACAUACAAGAAUGACAGUUAUGAAGUUAUCAAGGUCGAAAAACAUGUAUAUUUUUAUUUGAUACUGACGUUCAUCUCAAAAUGCCGUCUUGUUUUCAUGAUAGGGAGAGAAAAUUGCUCAUGUAUCAGUAAGGUUAAGUAUGAUGACAUAGCUCAUAAACAUGUAAAAAAAAGCGCUAUUAACCCUAGAGCUCACCAAUGCAGUGUUUAUCAUAGGUGCAAGUGUAAGCUUGGGGCACGGAAAAAAGAACAGGGAACAGUCACUUAGUCAUAUCAGUAAUUCGUGCUGCCUCUGACCUGUAAUCUAUUUUCCUUCAUCUUCUCCUUUAUUGUGGAACCACAUUGCCUUCCUGUUGAUUACAAAGCAAAAAAUGUACCUGUGAGGGACAAAAUUUCCAUUGUGCUAUAAGCGUACAACUAGAUAAUGUCACGGAUGGAACAGCAUGGUGGAAAACCUUAUGGACCUAUCGUAACCACGAUUUGCACUGCACUGCCGUCAUCACUGGACAAGCUGCCAGCAAUUGUGGUCAUUACUAGUGGACGUGUGGUGACUUGGUUGCCCACUGGCACUAGCCUAACCGAAUGGCGAAUUUUCCAGCGUCAUCUCUCUCACACACAGACUUCACAACAAGAACAUAUUUACCUUUUGAAUGUUUAUAAAGUGUAUGCAUCAUUUAAUAGUUAUGCUUGCUAAAGAAAAUAACUGGCAGCAUCCACAAUGCAGUGUAACUCUACACGCAGCUUGAAACAAGAGUGCGAUCAGUUCUAGUGGUUUAUCGUGGUGGCAGGAAACUAAAUGGUGGCUGCUGCUUAUUUAUUAUUAAAUCAUUAUUAUCAUUAGAUGGCAUUAGAAUUCAAGUUUUCAUUUAAUAAUUUCAAUGAUAUACUGUGAAACGCUUAUAAUCCUUUCUGCUCACUGAGAUCAGAUAUGUCACCAGUUAUGUUUUCACAAGGCAGUAUUUUUCUCUUUUUUUUGCUUGCUGGACAGUUGAAGCUGGUAUUUCGUGUUUUUCACAUACAUUACGUCAUAGCAGUCUGGUGUUUCAUUUAUUUGAAUACAAAAUGCAUCACGGGAACAUCUAUCAAUGUUUGCCUGUAUGGAAGGCAACAUAUGUGUGCGCCUUUAUUUUAUCAUUUUUUAAAAUUAAGUUACAUUGUUUUACUACACUGCAGCUUUUGGUCAGAGCAAGUGGACGCUUGACCUCAAUAACAUUAGAUCAGUUUGCCACAGGAUUUCCCCUGGGUUACUUCAUAUUGCUUUGUGCAUUUCUGUGAAAUGGUUCAAACAAUUGUUUUCAAUAUACUAGUGCAUCUUCUCAGCUGAUUCAGUUUACGCUUGUGUCAGUUUCAGUACUACCACAGGGGCAGUAGAUAACAUUCAAGCACGAACAGUUGAAGCUCUGUUGAAACUUUGACUCAACUAUGAUACAACAAAACAAA